CACUAUCAGUGAUACUACUGUCACUCUGAAUGUGGUGGGAGAUGAUGAAGUGACGGAGGGAGAGAGCAUAACUGAAUAUUACAGCUGUCGGUCCGUUUCUUGCGUUUUUCAUGAUGAAAAUACAGGCUGAUCCAGCGAACGAGGUCAUGAUUAGUCCAACAUUUGUCAACUUCACUUCUUCCACUACUCAAGUCAGUGUCACAAUUGGAGAGGUACUUGAUGAAGAGCCUGAGCUGGCUGAGAUGGUCACUAUUAGUUUUAUUACCGCGUCUGCUAAUGUUCAAGAUUUUGACCAUUCUAUUACAGUCAGAGACGCGACUGUAAUCCAUGUUGAGGGUCCUCAGUCUCGGGGAGUGGAGGUGAAUGGUUCAGUGGUGCUCACAUGUCUGUUUGAAGCUGGGAACCCAGUGGACAUAGUGUGGGUG